UCGUACAUGUAUUUCAUGUCCACUGAGGAGAAGAGUUGGUCUGAAAGCAGGCAGUUCUGCAGGGAUCGUGGUCAAGAUCUGGUCAUUAUCAACACUGAAGAAGAACAGAGAUACAUAUCUUCAAUUGCCAAGGACAGAGUGUGGAUUGGUUUGUCUGACAUAGCAGAGGAAGGAAAGAUGAAAUGGGUGGAUAAUACACCACUGAAUAAAGGGUUUUGGUACCAAGGUGAGCCGAAUGAUGAACUCAGAAAUGAGGACUGUGUUGAAAUCAUGAGUUCUUCACGACCUAUCCUAAACAACUGGAAUGAUCUUCCAUGCACACAGACAAGAAAAUGGAUUUGUGAGAAUCUGUGAGAAUCAAUGUUUUGAUAAUAAAAAAAAUGCUUUUAUUUACAAUUUAAGCAAUUAUUAUUGGACAGAGGUGGGUAAUCCAUUUGC